AAGAAGAGCUCAGACACAAGCUGCCUCUUUGCCUGUUGCUCAUUCAGUCUCUCAUGCGUGAAUUUGCUGAAUCUGAAUCCCAGUUACUGAGUCCACACGCAACCUACAGCUAUGGCAGGAAAAGCCCACAGACUGAGUGCUGAGGAGAGGGAGCAGCUGCUACCAAACCUGAGAGCUGUAGGCUGGAAUGAGGUGGAUGCGAGAGAUGCCAUCUUCAAGGAAUUCCAUUUCAAGGACUUCAAUCGGGCCUUUGGCUUCAUGACCAGAGUAGCCUUACAGGCAGAAAAACUGGACCACCACCCUGAAUGGUUCAACGUUUACAACAAGGUACACAUCACCCUGAGUACACAUGAAUGUGCAGGUUUAUCUGAGCGGGAUAUCAACUUGGCCACUUUCAUAGAGCAGGUUGCAGCUUCUCUGUCUUAAAUAAGGCAAAGUAAGAAUUGAUUUUACAGCCACUGCUGCCUCACUUUUCAAAUCAUACAAGAGCAGUUGGAUACAUUUGCCAAGCAAUUACUGAUAGAAAAAGACAACAAAAAACCAAUUACUGAUAGAGAAAGACAAAGCAAGGUUCUCUACCACAGCUCAAGAUUUCCAAUGGACUGAGCAGCCCUAGCCUACUUCUCACUCACAAGGAUGGAAGUUUUGUUUAAUGAUUUGCAUCCACUUUUGUCUAGAAAUUAGCAGACUCAAAUCCUGUUUGGUCUACCAGUAUGCAAGUUGUUUGAUCUUUCGCGUUUUCUGUACGUAUAGCUUUUACCAGAAGGAGUAGUGCUACACAACUGCAUAAACAAACUGUUAUAAGUAUUUCUUUCCUAAGCAGUUGUUCUUGCUUCUUACCUAAUAACUAUAUUUUACUAUCUAUUGUAACAUAUGUGACCUUGUCUCUCUUGUGUACUGUAUAUGUGAUGUGCAGUUUGGUUACAUGUAAUCCUUGUUCAAGCAGUAUUAUAUAAGACAUGUGGGAGUCACCUGCAUUGCAAAUGGCUAUUCAAUAAAAGGUAGGAAUCAGAAAAGCAUGCUACAACAUUUCUAAGCAUUUACAAUAAAAGUGUUUAUAACCAA